AUUAGCGAGUGAGAUGCCUGAGCCGGCGAAAUCUGCUCCCGCGCCCAAGAAGGGCUCCAAGAAAGCGGUGACCAAGACCCAGAAGAAGGGGGAUAAGAAGCGCCGCAAGACCCGGAAGGAGAGUUACUCCAUUUAUGUCUACAAGGUGCUGAAGCAGGUUCACCCCGACACCGGCAUCUCUUCGAAGGCCAUGGGCAUCAUGAACUCCUUCGUCAAUGACAUCUUCGAGCGCAUCGCUGGGGAGGCGUCUCGCCUGGCGCAUUACAACAAGCGCUCCACCAUCACCUCCCGGGAGAUCCAGACCGCCGUGCGCCUGCUGCUGCCCGGGGAGCUGGCCAAACACGCCGUGUCCGAGGGCACCAAGGCGGUGACCAAGUACACCAGCUCCAAGUAACCGCUCUGUGUGUCCCCCCAAGAGAUGUCAACGAUGAACACAAAGGCUCUUUUAAGAGCCACCCACUUUCUCCAUGGGAGAGCUGAGAGUCACAGCCACUAGUGGAACUAAGGAAUUGAUCUCUUUGUAGGGUCGUUAACUUGUACAGAAUACUUAAAUCACAUUUAAGAGGUUUACAUAAGGAAGUGUAGAAAACAUCUGCGUUAAGGCUUGAUAUCUAAAGGGGAAAAUAAGCGCUUACCUAAAAUUAUUACUGAUUUCAGAAUACUUAAAAGUGUGUAUCAUAUUAAGAUCUA